AUGCCGCGGAUUCUUCAUGCUCCUACUGGUAAAGUUGAUUUUUUUAAUGAGAUUGGACAUAAAUUUUUAUCUGGGCACAUCUACUGCAUACAACACCUGAAACCGAUGAUGAGGGAGCAAAUCUUGGAUGCGAUGAUGCGGUGUGGAGUCUCAGAGCAGCUGGUUUGGGUGGAGUGGUUGACGUUAGGUCGAUGGUCACGCGGUAGAAGAAUGAGAGACGAGAUUGUUUCGCGUCAGGUGUCUGUAGCUGAUGUUGUGACAGGGGAAGAAGAAAUGGUUCUACGAGUGCUUCAACGAGGAGUUGUUCACGAAGUUCUAAGGGUUUGUAUCUCAACCGUUGAUCUUGCUUGCACACCUUGCACCAGUAGCACCAUCAGAAACUACUGA